GCAGAAAUGGAGCAGAGUCAGUUCGACCGAGAGACUUUCUCCUGUUCAAUCUGUCUGGAUCUACUGAAGGAUCCGGUGGCUACUCCCUGUGGACACAGUUACUGUAUGAACUGCAUUGAAGAUCACUGGGAUGAAGAGGAUCAGAAACGAAUCCACAGCUGCCCUCAGUGCAGAGAGACAUUCAUACCAAGGCCUGUUUUGAAGAAAAACACCAUCCUAGCAGCUUUAGUGGAGCAGCUGAAAAAGACUGGACUCCAAGCUCCUCCUGCUGACCACUGUUAUGCUGGACCUGAAGAUGUGGCCUGUGAUUCCUGCACUGGAAGAAAACUGAAAGCCAUCAAGUCCUGUUUAGUCUGUCUGGCCUCUUUCUGUGAGAAACACCUUCAGCCUCAUUAUGAUUCAGCUGCAUUUAAGAAACACAAGCURGUGGAGCCGUCCAAGAACCUCCAGGAGAACAUCUGCUCCAAGCAUGACAAGUUGUUGGAGAUCUUCUGCCGCACAGAUCAAAAGUGUAUCUGCUAUCUCUGCACUAUGGAUGAACAUAAAGGCCAUGAAACAGUGUCAGCUGCAGCAGAAAGGACUGAGAGGCAGAGAGAGCUGGAGGAGAGACGAGGAAACAUCCAGCAGAGAAUCCAGGACCAGGAGAAAGAUGUGAAGCUGCUUCAGCAGGAGGUGGAGGCCAUCAAUCGCUCUGCUGAUAAAACAAUGGAGGACAGUGAAAAUAUCUUCACUCAGCUGAUCCGUCUCCUCCAG